CUCGCUAAGUAUGCUGCUAAAGGAAGCGUUUGAUUUAUUUCUGUGGAUAAUAUGAAGUCUCACUAUAUAAAGCGGCAGGGCUCUUCAUGCAUUAAAGAUGCCGGUUAGGUAGCAUCUUGACCGCUUGAUUCAUGAUCAUUUUUGAUCUUACGACAACAUGGGGGGAGGGGGGCAUGUCAAUAUGACACAGUGAAGCAAAAACUUAUUUUCGUUCUGUAUUUAUAUGUAUGAUGUUGCUGCUAAAUUCAGACGGUAUCUGCAGUUUUUGGUGCCCUUCACCCUGCAGUUUCUCAUUUUCUGGACAUCUGUACGGACUAAUCAGACGGAAUAAAACUACGCUGUAAAGUACCUACUGCAGUCCGAUGGCUAAACAGAUGAGUCAUGCUGGAAGCUAGAUGAAUAGAUCCACUUAACGUGUGCUGCAUAAGCCACAAGCCAUCAUGGUCGAGGAGGAGGAGAAGGGUCACACCAGGACUCUGGUCCUGAUGGUUUGCUCAGCUGCGAUCGGCGGUACCCUGCAGUAUGGCUACAACAUCGCCAUCAUCAACGCACCCACGGCGUUCAUCCAGAGGUUCAUCAAUGAGACGUGCCGGGAACGCUGGGAUGUGCAGCUUGACUUCUACCAGGUGACGCUCGUGUGGACCCUGGUGGUGUCCGCAUUCUCACUCGGCGGCCUGACAGGGGCCCUUGCAGGGGGUCCCAUGGCCGUAUUCCUGGGCAGGAAGCGGGCCCUGCUGGCAAACAAUAUCUUCCUACUCGCCAGCGCCGCCCUGGUGCUCAGCUGUCAGGCUGCUGGCUCCUUCGAGAUGCUCAUCCUGGCUCGUUUCCUGGUGGGCGUCAACUCGGGCGUCAGCAUGAGCGUGCAGCCCAUGUACUUCAGUGAGAGCGCCCCCAUGAGGCUGCGCGGGGUUGUGUCGCUGUCCUCGGCUGUCUUCACUGCACUGGGCGUGGUUCUGGGCCAGGUGGUGGGUCUCACUGACGUGCUGGGCUCUGAGCCCCAGUGGUCGUACCUUUUGGCCAGCAAUGCCGUCCCUGGUCUGCUGCAGCUGCUGACGCUGCCCUGGUUCCCCGAAAGCCCGCGGUACUUGCUGAUCGACCGCGGCGACCGCGAAGCCUGUGUGCUGGCCUUGCGGCGGCUCCGUGGGAGGCCCGUCCAGGACAGCGAGCUGGAGGAGAUGCUGCAGGAGCAGGCGAUGGCCGGGGAGGAGGCGAGGGCCCUGCGGCCCUGCGAGCUGCUCUCGCACCGCGGCCUGCGCCGACAGCUGUUCUCCGUCAUGACCACCAGCAGCGCCAUACAGCUUUGCGGCAACGACUGCAUCUACUUCUACGCCUUCUACGUGUUCCAGGAGGUGGGUGUGGCCAACAGCCGCAUCCAAUACGCGACCAUCGGCACGGGCGCUUGUGAGCUGCUCUCCUCGAUUGCUAGCAGCCUGCUGAUCGAGAGGCUGGGACGGCGCCCCCUGCUGGUGGGAGGCUACGCCUUCAUGGCCGGCUGGGCUGCUGUCUUCACCCUAGCCCUGACGCUCCAGGGCACUGUGCCCGGGAUGCCCUACUUGAGCAUGGCCUGCGUCUUUGCCUACAUCCUCAGCUUUGGCAUGGGUCCGGCAGGGGUGACUAUGAUCUUGCCCGCUGAGGUCUUCGGCCAGACGGCCCGGCCGUCGGCCUACAUGAUCUCCGGCGCCCUCAUGUGGCUCAACCUGUUCCUGGUGAGCAUGAUCUUCCCCUUCCUGGUGAGCGGAUUGGGCUCGUUUUGCUUCGUCCCCUUCGGUACCAUCUGCCUGCUAUCCUCGCUGUAUGUGGCUGCCAUGCUGCCCGAGACCAAGGGGAAAAGCCUGCGUGAGAUCACAGACGAGUUCGACAAGCUCAAUCUCAGGUCCGGGAGGGAAGCUGCCUCCUCUCAGGAAUAAACACGGCAGGGAAAUAUCCUCCAGAUUCUCAGGCCAGUAAUCAAAACUCUCUCCAGACUGCUAAUAUAUGUUUUACCAGCAGAGGGAGCCGCUCAGACAAUCGUCUGAGGUGCAUGAUCAUGAAUGCAAAGCUCUUAUCAAUGCAACUCCAGAUAUUUAUUCUCAAUAUUUGCGCCCUCUAGUGGACGGGAGUCCUGGGUGCACCCUGCCUUGUGCCCUGUGCUUCCCUGGGCUUCCUGACCCUGUGGUGGACCCUACCUCAGCUCUCAAUGCUCCCUGAAGAGCCGCACGUAGGGACCGGGGGCCCGUCGGCGGGUAAAACAUGAGGAGGAACUCCACAUGACUGAAGGGAUGGCGUGCUGGGGGCGCGGAAUGAGAAAAGACCCGUCACGCAGCAUUUACGCCAAGGAGCAUCUGGAGCCGGUGACUCCAGUGGACGGCCUGCUGCGGACGGCCUGCUGCGGACGGCCUGCUGCGGACGGCCCGCUGCGGACGGCCUGAUGAGGACGGCCUGAUGAGGACGGCCUGCUGCGGACGGCCUGAUGCGGACGGCCUGAUGCGGACGGCCUGCUGCGGACGGCCUGAUGAGGACGGCUGUGCCAGUCGGCAGCUUCACCUGGUAUCAGCACAUUGCCAUCCCCGGGGGCUGUGACCUCACCUUCAGCCUGUCUAUGCUGCACAUUCAGUUUGAUUCGUCUAAAUCCCAUUUCACGUGUAACAAGCGCAUGACGUCACACAGAGUGUGGUGGACAGUAUAAGCAAAAUCUCAGUGACAGUGUGUUCCUUAGACGGCAAUCCACACAGCGUGACCAAACAAACAAACAAAUCCUCCCUGAGGAUUUCCCAUGAAUCUUCUGGAAGGUUCAAAUAACAAAUAAACGUUGAAACGGUCAUUAUGUGGAGCUAUCAGCCCACCACCAUCUGUGAUGCGCGCAGAAAAGUCAACAGCUAAUGUGUGGAUUUGCUGGACCACAGCGAGCAUCCACUGCUGUGGGAUCCUUUUCGAGGCCGACUGCCGAGGAGCCGCGGCGGUGAUGAGCAAGCAAGCAGAGCCGAGGGUCACCUGCUGACGCCGGGCAGAGACAGGAGCACAUCCCUGCAUUGGUGGGCUGUCCAGGAUUUUACAUUUAUUUAGCAGACCCUUUCAUCCUAUUAGAUGUACAACCGAAAAUGUACGUUCUGCCACACUCUGUAGCAAUUGGGGUUAAGGAUCUUAUUUAGGGGGUCUUACAGUGAAACUACUCAGGGAUUUGAGCCGGCAACCUUCUGAUCACAAGCACAGUACCCAAAGUCAAUGAACCCUAAGUUAUGUUUUUCGUUUUCAUUGUGUUAUUGAUAGAGUAUAUGCUUCUUCUUUGCACCAGGUACCAUACUGUUGGUACUUGUACCUGACUGAAAAUUAAUAGAAAAGGAGUGUAUGGAAUUUUUAGUACCAAAUGUUUGGUCCCUGGUGAAAUGGAAAAGUACCAAAAGAGGACAGUAGAUGGUUGGAUGGAUGGAUGGAUGGAUGGA